UUAGUGAACCGUUUCACCUCAAAUAUUUUUUUUGAUACCGCGGGUCUGAUUCGUAAAUAAAUUUAAAAUAUCAUAAUUUAGAUAUGAUAAAUUGGAUAUUUGUUUCUUUAUUGUGUAUUGAUCAAUUACAUGUCUCUAGUGAAACCAUUACGUUUAUUGUUACUAGGGGCACCAGGGGCUGGUAAGGGAACAUUAACUUCUCGUCUUUUAAAGCAAUUUCCAUCCAUUUCAUCUAUUUCUUCAGGAGAUAUCUUGAGAUCACAGAUAUCCGGUGGUAGCGAAUUAGGCAAUGAAAUUCAAUCAUAUAUAAAGCAAGGUAAACUUUUGCCGGAUGAUUUAAUGGUUAAAUUGAUCACAGGUGAACUCAAUGAUAGGAAUUGGCUUCAUAAAGAUGCCACCUGGUUAUUAGAUGGAUUUCCAAGAACUGUGGGGCAAGCUUCAACUUUAGAACAAGUCUUACGAGCUAAAACUUCAAGUUUAAAUUUAGUGGUUGAAUUAGAUGUGGAUCAAAAAGUUAUCAUUGAUAGAAUUGAAGCUCGUUGGAUUCAUGCUCCAAGUGGAAGGGUGUACAACUUAGAUUAUAAUCCUCCUAAAGUUCCCUUUAAAGAUGAUAUAACUGGUGAACCACUUUCUAAAAGAGAUGAUGAUAAUGCUGAAGUGGUGACAAAGAGACUUGAGCUCUAUAACCAACUGCUUGCCCCAUUAAAGGAGUACUAUCAGAAGUCUAAUGUUCUUCACACUGUUAGUGGGAAUACUUCUGAUAUCAUCUACCCCAAGUUAGCUGAUUUAGUAUUAAGUAAAUUUGGUAAUUAAUGUGUAAGUAGUAGUAGUAGUCAUAGCUCAUAAUGUAUAUUUAUUAGACAGACAGACACUGAUUUUUUUGUAUGGUGCGAUCUCUCUAUAACUA